UGCAGAUCAGCUUUUGUCCUCACGAGCGCUGCUCCGUAGCACACGCGCGGACUUUCCCGCGUCCACAAACUUCAGUCAGUGCAACAUUAGUGUUUCAGUACUGUUGACGCGAGUUUCUGUAAAUGCAACAGUCAUUUUACGAAACCACGAUGGAGUUUCUCGAUGUUUCGAGUGUGGACGGUUAUCGACAAUGAUUGAGUGUAGAGCGUUCUGAGCCCCAGAGGUCUUGGGGGAAGAGGUUACAGUAGGGAGGGGCAACUCUUGGGACGACUGCUUCUCAAGCUCCCACUUCAGAUCUGUUGUGAUAUUCUCUCUGUUCCAAAGGCCAUCAUCUCUAGUUAUAGUUUGCAAGAAGCUUGUCAUCAUCUACUUCCGAAUUGCCUCGGUGUAAGUUGAGAAAGCAGGAUCUGUCAUCAGAUGUCUAGUGAUAUGAGGCUACGUGUGGAGAGACAAGCGCAUAUUGGCCUCAUUAGCGUCAUGGCCUCUAACCGGGGUCCUGCUGUGCUCGGAGUGAAGGGUCUUAGUAAAAAGACUUCAAAUUCUUUGGUAAAUGAUGGAGAUAAUCUUAUAUCUGUGAACUAUAGCUUGCCUGAGAGAGAAUCCCAUCAGACUCAACUUCAUGACCUAUUUAAUCCUUUAGAGAGGGACCAGGAAAACUCACCGGGCACAAAUCACAGAACAUGGAAAUCUUUGGAUAUUAGGUCUAAGAGUUUGGAUUGCUUGGAAGAGACCUACAGUUCCAAAAGCUGCCGAUUGUACGUUUGCCAGCUCUGUGGGUUUUGUGAUCCAGAGGAAAGCGAAGAAGGCUACCAGGAGAAUAGCUUCUCUUCUAGAUGCUGGGGAAUGGUGCCCCAGCAGAGGAAAGCCAUGAGGAAAACAGUGGAGUUUUCUACUGACGUGACUUGUCUCACUGGAAAGCGGCCAACAUUGAGUGGCUCAGGUGGUGUUCUGUGCCAGAUGGAACUUGUUAUGGGCCAGAAAAAGGAGGAGAGCCUGCAAUCCUGUGGGCUGGAUUUGAGGAGAAGCAGCCUGCCAGUAUCCUCUCCACAAGGGCCCCAAUGCACCAAUGGCUGUGGUUCUGGCGUUGAUAUUCCAAAACACAACAGGAUGGAUCAUAGGUGCGCAUUUUGCUUUGCAAAUGGCUUCGAAAGUCUGGAAAGGCUUAACAGGAAAACCAAACCCAAGUGCUCUCUGGACAGGUGCCUAAAGAGGUCCUCACCUUUCAGGAUUUCCGCAAGUCAGGACUGUAGUGACAGUGAUGGUACCGUAUCCGACAGUGAGUUUGUACGUAACAAGGAACGCUCUACUGUCCUAGUCAGGAGGUACCUCAAGAACAACCAGAAGAUCAAGAAGACCGUAUGCACAGGCACUAGAGCCAUAGUGAAGACUCUGCCUUCUGGUCACAUCUCUGAGAGGGUCUGGGAGACUGUUUGUGGGAAAAAAUGCCACCUCGGUGAGAGGCGCACACACAAGGCCAGAGGAUACAGCAGAGCACUUCAGGCCAUCCAGCUGCAAGUUUCCAGGGCGAUUCUCACCUACCCAGGGAUCAGAUUUGCAGAGAUUGACCAUGUUAUUCCUGCUGUGAGUCCACUGCACCCGUCCAGGAAGCUACUAGCACAAGCAGUGUCAUGGCCAUCAGACUCCCCGCAGUGGAUUAGAUUCCGGUUCUGUUCUUCCAGAACCAGCAUUGUGGCUCAGCUAAGCGGGGCCCUGCUGGAUGCAACAGCUGCUCUCGGGGCUCGAAGUUCUCUGCCCAGCUUCUCCAUUGGCUCCACAGGUCGAGCUAUGCUGAAAGAACGGCAGCUGUACAGUUCCAUGGCAAACUCCAGCAUCCUUCCGUCGGCCGUGACGGGCAUCAGCAAGGAGCUGGCUAACCUGCGGCACCUGAUCCAGUUCCCGGAGGAGAUCGCCACCAUCCUGACAGAGCAGGAACAGCAUCUAUAUUGUCGUGUCUUCCCCCUUGACUACAUCAGCUUCCUAACACGAGACCUGGGCAGCCCCGAGUGCCAGAAACGCCACCCACACCUCAAAGCCUCUCUGUCCGCCCCAAUUAUGCCCACCCAGAAUGAACACCACAACACAGUGGAAGACCUUGUCACACGAUUCAACGAGGUCAGCUCAUGGGUGACCUGGCUCAUCCUCACAGCUGGGUCCAUGGAGGAGAAGAGGGAAGUCUUCUCCUAUCUCGUCCAUGUGGCAAAGUGCUGCUGGAACAUGGGCAACUACAAUGCGGUCAUGGAGUUCUUGGCUGGUCUCAGGUCUCGCAAAGUGCUGAAGAUGUGGCAGUUUAUGGACCAGGCGGAUAUUGAGACCAUGCGUGGAUUGAAGGAUGCCAUGGCUCAACACGAGUCUUCAACUGAGUACAAGAAAGUGGUCAACCGUGCCCUCAACAUCCCAGGAUGUAAAGUGGUGCCCUUCUGUGGCGUGUUCCUUAAGGAACUCAGUGAGGCUCUAGAUGGUGCGGCCAGCAUAAUUGCACUCGGUCCGUCUUUUGAUUCUCAGGAAGACUCUGUUGAGUUCGUCACAGACUACAACGGCCAGCAGCACUUCUUGCAGAGGGUGGGGAGCGAUGGGCUCCACAGCUCAGACAAGGAGGCGACAGUCAGUAAUAUUCUGCAGACGAUUCGCAGCUGCAAUCGAAGCCUAGAGGCCGAAGAACCUGAGGAGAGGAUACAAGAAAUCAACGCUUGCCUCAAGAACCCCUUCAAAGACAAGAGCAGAAACCAGAAAGCAUCUGGUUCAGAGCGUGUCCUGUUUUUAGUUGGGGACCUCUCAGAUUCUGAAGGGGACCCACUUGAGCUAGCUAAAGACGUUGAACUCCAGACCACAGAAGAGGUGCAUGGACCUUUUAGUCACGGUACAGAGCUCAUCCCCUGGUAUGUGCUCUCACUGCAGCCAGAUAUCCACCAGUUCCUGCUUCAGGGAGCAACCGUAAUCCACUACGACCCCGAAACCCAUCUCACUGCCCGAUGCCGCCUCCAUCUACAACUCGACAACUGUUUCCUCACCUGGUCCAAGCCCCACAGCGCCUGCACCCUGGGUGGAAGAACCAGGGGCUUCAUGGGACACUCACAAUCCACAGACCACUUACCUCCAGGCCAUCCUGUGCACUGUGGACUGUCCGAUGGGCUCCUGGACCUUAAUGUGGUGAAGGCUGUGUUUAUGGGUCACCCUGGAGUGGACAUUAACUAUGUAUGUCUACAGCACAAACUGUGUAACAUGAACCUUAGCGAAAACAGUGUUACGCUGCUAUAUGGAUUUCACACUACAGACAAUAGACUGCUACACUUUGUAGCCCCCAAGCACACGGCCCGUAUGCUGCAUGAGGGCAUCAAGGAGCUGCUCAACUCCAUCAGGAAGAUUAGAAAGUUUCCUGACCAGAGGCUGCAGUGGCUGCGGAGGCAGUAUGUUAGCCUCUACCAGGAGGACAGUAAAUUUGAGGGCCCCACACUGGCCCAGGCUAUCGAGCUGUUCGGCGGGAGACGCUGGAAUAUGGGCGCUAGUGGCCCUGGAUCUGCCAGCAAGAGUGUAGAGAAGAACUCAGCCCAGAAAAACAGCCCGCUGGGCAUCAACUCAAAUGCCAAAAAGAAGAAGAAAGCCUUAGUCAGGGGGGACAGUGGAGAAGGAACAGAUGAUGAGAUGAUCUCACGUAAAACCAGAAGCUGUAAGGAGACUUUAGGGAGAAGAGAAUCCGAUCCCUUAGAAAGUGCUGAGCACGAAGAGGCUGAAGACUACAGUCCCUUUCGCCUUCCUGGACCCUCUUCCUUAUUCAACAACAAAGGCCAGUCUCCUGGAACCUCCUUGUCCUCCUCUUCCUCCUCAUCUUCCUCUGGCUCCUUUAACACAAAUACCUCCACCCCAACACGCCCCCAUUCCUCCCCUGUUCUCCCCGGCAGUGCAAAAAGUCAGCCAGGGGCCUGGAGCAGCCGGAGCUGGCACGGUCGGGGUAAAGGAUGCUUCAGGGGCUUCCAAGAUCUCAUGAUCUCUGACAGUGUCAUGAGCUUUGUCGAAUUUGUGGAGCUCUUUAAGUCUUUUAGCAUUCGGAGUCGAAAGGAUCUAAAGGAGCUGUUUGACACCUACGCAGUGCCGUGCAGUCGCUCUGGUCUUGACUCUGUCCCUCUUUACACCACACUGAGGAUCGAUGACAAACUUACAGGACUACAACCGGAUCUAGAUCUACUGACUCGCAAUGGCUCUGACCUAGGCCUUUUCAUCCGCACACGUCAGCAAAUGUCUGACAACCAGAAGCAGAUUUCAGAUGCCAUUGCUGCUGCUAGCAUCGUGACCAAUGGCACUGGAGUGGAGAACUCUUCACUGGGUGUGCUGGGACUGGCCAUCUCCCAGCUUAAUGACUUCCUGGUCAACUGUCAGGGAGAACAUCUGACCUAUGAUGAAAUCCUUAGCAUCAUACAGAAAUUCGAGCCCUCCUCAAACAUGCGCCAGAUGGGGUGGAUGUCCUUUGAAGGAUUUGCCAGGUUUUUAAUGGACAAGGACAACUUUGCGUCUAAAAACGAGGAGUCUCAAGUGAACCUGGACGAACUCCAGCAUCCGCUGUCGCACUUUUACAUUGAGUCCUCUCAUAACACAUACCUCACGGGCCAUCAGCUGAAGGGAGAGUCAUCAGUAGAGCUCUACAGCCAGGUUUUGUUGCAGGGCUGUCGUAGCGUAGAGUUGGACUGCUGGGACGGGGAUGACGGCAUGCCUGUUAUUUACCAUGGACACACUCUAACAACUAAGAUUCCCUUCAAGGAUGUUGUUGAGGCCAUAAACCGCACAGCAUUUGUGAACUCUGAGAUGCCUGUAAUUCUGUCUAUUGAAAACCACUGCUCUUUACCACAGCAACGCAAAAUGGCUGAGAUUUUUAAGACUGUGUUUGGAGAGAAACUGGUGACCAAGUUCUUGUUUGAGAGUGAUUUUGCGGAUGAGCCUCGGCUCCCGUCUCCGCUGCAGCUCAGAGGGAAAAUACUCCUCAAAAAUAAGAAGCUGAAAGCACACCAGGCUCCAGUGGACAUUCUCAAACAAAAGGCACAUCAGUUGGCGCACAUGCAGGCCCAGGCCCACAACGGCUCACUUGGAAACAAUGAUGAUGAAGAAGAGGAGGAAGACGAGUAUGACUAUGAUUAUGAGUCACUGUCGGAUGCUGAUGUCCUCAAUGCUUCCACAGCCUCUUAUGGCCAGGAAGACAAUAUUCUGGACGACAAACCGGAGAGCAAGUCAUCCACAGAGAAACUUCAGUAUGAAUCCAACGACGAGAUGCCGAAGCGGUUUAAGAAAGCAGGAAGCAAAGGAAAGAUGUUUGACCUAGAACUAGGGGAGGAGUUUUAUCUGCCCCAGAAUGAGAAGGAGAGCAGGCAGAUUGCUCAAGAGCUUUCUGACCUGGUCAUCUACUGUCAGGCUAUCAAAUUCCCAGGCCUCUCCACACUCUCCCCAUCAGGCUGUGGAAGGGGAAAGGACAGAAAAAGCCGGAAAUCCAUCUUUUGCAGCGCUCCUGCUCGCGGGAGCCCUGGAGAGCCUGUGACGUUGGUCCGAGCUCCAGGGAAAGCCAGUGUGGACGGUAUUCGUAUUAACUGGGAGGACCAAACAUCACCGGUGCUAAGCCCGAACACCUCUCUUAGCUCCAUCAUCCGGACUCCUAAAUGCUACCACAUCUCUUCCGUCAACGAAAAUGCCGCAAAGCGACUGUGUCGCCGUUACUCCCAGAAACUCAUCCAGCACACCAGCUGUCAGCUGCUCCGGACGUACCCGGCUGCCACACGCAUCGACUCGGCUAACCCCAACCCACUCAUGUUCUGGCUGCACGGCAUUCAGCUGGUCGCCCUCAACUACCAGACCGACGACCUGCCCAUGCAGUUAAACGCUGCUCUGUUUGAAGCUAAUGGUCACUGUGGUUAUGUGCUGAAGCCUCCGGUUCUAUGGGAACGGAGCUGUCCACUCUAUCAGCAGUUCUACCCUCUGGACAGAGACUUGGAGAACAUGAGCCCCGCACUGUACACUAUUACUGUUGUGUCGGGGCAGAACGUGUGUCCAGGUAACUCAAACGGCAGUCCCUGUGUGGAGGUGGAGGUGCUGGGCAUGCCGGCAGAUAACUGCCAUUUCCGCACCAAGCCCACUCACCGCAACACUCUUAAUCCCAUGUGGAACGAGCAUUUCCUCUUCCACGUGCACUUCGAAGAUAUGGCCUUUCUACGCAUCGCAGUCGUGGAGAACAACAGCUCACAGGUCACCGCACAGAGGAUACUUCUCCUUAAAACCCUCAAACCAGGCUACAGACAUCUUCAGUUGAGGAACCUGCACAAUGAGCCUCUGGAGAUCUCUAGUCUCUUCAUAUUCAGUCGCAGGAUGGAGGAAAAUCCCAUCGGAGGACCACUGUCUGCAUCUGUGCUGUUCAGCCCGGAGGAAAAACGUGCCACCCAGCAGCACAAAGUAACCUUACAUGGAGUUCCGGGCCCCGAACCCUUCACUGUCAUUUGCAUUGAUGAAUACACCACAGCCAAACAGCUUCUGGACUCUUUGUUUCCGACAACUUCCCUCAACUACUUCCUGAUGGAAGAGAGAAUUCCUCUGUCCAAAGAGAAGUGUGACUUGAAGAAAACAGCCCAGCAGCGGCCCCUAGUGAAUGAUGAAAAGCUCCUGAGAGUUCUUCACAGCUGGCAACCAGAGGAAGGAUAUGUGGGCAGAAUAUGUCUGAAGACCAAGGAAGAGAACUUCAGUGUGAAGAAAGUGCUGAUGGAGGGAGUGGAGGAGGUGAGCAGUGGAGAAGAGGACACGUUCCUCGUGCAGGUUCAUGAUGUUUCUCCUGAGCAGCCUCACACUGUCAUCAAAGCUCCACGUUACAGCACGGCCCAAGACAUCAUUCAACAGACUUUGAGUAAAGCCAAGUAUUCUCUGAGCAUCCUGAGCAACCCAAACCCAUGUGACUAUGUCCUGAUGGAGGAGAUAACUAAAGAUGUGGGAGGCAAGAAGUCUUCCUCAGCAAAACCAUGUCAGCGUGUCCUGCAGGACCAGGAGUCUGUGUUUCAGGCUCAGAGCCGCUGGAGAGGUGCAGGCAAAUUCAUCCUAAAACUUAAAGAACAGAUUGCUCGCGAGGACAAGCGCAAGGGUGUGUCUUUUGCCAGCGAGCUGCGGAAGCUGACAGGUCGCAGUUGGAGCUUAAAUGUGAACGGUCCAGUCGUCCAGGAGUUGGCACAUAGUUCUUUGUCGAUGGGGCCGAAGGUCUGGAUGGCAGAAGGGCGCUUGGGUUCUCAGACACAGCGUGUGGGGAACCCCGUCUCUGAGUGCGGUGAUCAAGCCCAAGCCCCCUCCACCUGGUCCCUCCCUCUGCUGUGGAACUGGAAGCUGCAUAAAUGAGUCCAGAGC